CUGGUACAUUGUUUACAAGCCCUAGUACGCAUGCGUAAAGUGGCACGCUUACAUUGCAAGAGGGACAACACUGAUAAGAGCGGCUUUGGAAAUACAUUCUGAUUCAUAAGGCUUUAUUCGUGCCUUCAAUUUAAAAUCUAUUCACUAUACAUAAAGCCGGUCUAAAAUGUGUGUUAGUCGGAAUAACACUUCAUGUUACUUUUCAUUGUAAUCCUCGAAAAAAAACCUGACUGAUAUUUCUCAUCUGGAUCCUUAAAAACGCUGUGCUCCUACAAUUUCCUACAGGAAUGGAUCGAUUCUGUGCAUCAGAAAGGUUGGAAUAUUUGCAGGGGCUUGUAACUGAAUUUCAGGACACUGACAGUGAAGGAUCUAAAGAGCAAAUUCUGGCCAACCUGGCUAACUUUGCCUAUGAUCCACGUAACAUGGAAGCCUUGCGGAUGCUCCAGGUCACUGAACUCUUCUUGGACAUGCUGACAGAGGAAAAUGAGAACUUGGUGGAGUUUGGAAUUGGUGGUCUGUGUAACCUCAGCAUGGAUCAGGAGUGUCGUAAUCAAAUUUUGCAAAGUGGUGGAAUUCCUUUAGUCACAGGAUGCUUAUCGAGUCACAGAGACGAGACCGUCUUGUCUGCCAUCACAACAUUGAUGAACCUUACCACAGCAGAAUCACGCUCCGAAACCACAGACAGUGCAGUAGUGCAGUGCAUGCUGCGCUUCUCACUUACACAGAAUCCUCGCCUCAGUAAUCUGGCUACGGUUUUCCUGCAAGACUACUGCACACAAGACCAAGUGGACAAAGCCAGAGAACAUUUACAUGGACACAGCCAGUCAGUUGUUGGAAUUCCUCUCCCCAAGGACUAGGACCUUAGGAUUUCUGUAUAUGGUUUGAUGAAACUGGACAGAAUAAAAGUUUAAGUUGUC